CGGAUAAGGCAACAAGAAAUACGAAAAGAAAAACACUAAAUGAAUUAUAACGAAAUUCCUUUGUUUCUACGCGAUAAAAAUAUGUGAAAAAUAAUAAAUCUAGCAAAAAUACAUACGUGGAUACAUAAACAAAAUAAAAAAAGAAACAAAUUUAUUAUUAAUUGUGUCAACGCAAAAAUAUUUAAAAAAAACAAAAAAGGGUGUGUAAAAAUAAGUGAAGAAAAAAAUUACAUGCCAUUGCAAUUACAAAAACAGUGCAAGCAAAAAGAAAAACUAAAAAAAGCGAAUUCUGGUUUUUGACAAAUAAAAAAAAUGCACAAAAAUGCGGAGGUUUUAGUGAUUAUGGCAAAAAAUACAUAAAAUAAAUUGAAAUAUUUAAGCAAAACUAUUAAAGAAAAAAUAUACUAAACGCAAAUAAAAAUAAAAAUUUCGUAAAAAAAACUACAUCAAAUUCUAAGAAUUUCCAAAGCAAAAGCUAAACAAAGAAAAACAUAAAAGGAAAAUAAAGAAGUGAAAAAUUCAAAAUGUCGACACAACGCAUUAAUGCAGCUGAAAAAGAUUUGGAGAAAUUUAUAAAAUUUCUAGCUCUAAAGUCCACCCAAGUGGUGGUGCAGUCUCGUUUGGGUGAGAAAAUUCAAACAAAGUGCAAUCCAUUGGCUGGAAAUGAUUGGUUUAACUUAGUCGUCGAAGACCAUCCAGAUGUUUAUGCCGAAACGAAAAAGGCAUUGGCUCUGGCUCCAGGAGAGUCAAUUUUAAAGCGGUUACCCUUGUGUGUGGAGAUAUCGUUAAAGACAGCCGAAGGCGAUCAAAUGAUUUUGGAAGUCUGGUCAUUAGAGUUGCAAGCUUCUGCAAGCUCUGCCAAGUCUAAGGAGACUAACGAUAAAGGUCAGAAUCUAAAUAUCAAUUCAACAGCCACAGAACAACCUUGCUUAAAAACAGCCCAUGCUAUCUACAAUCGCAUGGGAAUGAUAUUGAAAUCGUUGAUUUCUUUAACACGUGCCACACCCGCAUACAAACUGUCCAGGCGACAGUGUCCUGAUUCUUACAGUAUUUACUAUCGCAUAUAUGUCGAACGACCCCAGAUCCAUUCAUUGGGAGAGGGCCACAAAAAUGUUCGGAUCGGCAACUUGAAUACUAUUGUGGGUAACCUAGUAAUGUCGGUGGUUUAUCGCACGAAAAUGACCAUAACGCCCACGGCCUCUGUCGGUCAAACAAGGACACGCGAUACAAAUGCAAUUAUGAUUGACUCGAAUCAUUUCAAACACACCGAAACGGGCAAUAAACAUAAUGGCGGCGGUUUAAAUGGAAAAAAAUCUGCUGGUCAAGGGGGUGAAAAGAAAAUAAUCGACAUUGAAAAGCCUUUACGACCCGGAGCAUUUACUGAUAUAGGAAAAUUGCGCCAAUAUACGGAAGAUGAUUUUGUUUUACCUGAAACACCACCAUUUGAAUGGCUGCUACGUAAACCCAGACAUGAAAGUGCUGGUAGUGCGGGUACUGGAUCAAUAGAGUCUUUAAAUCGUAAAUGUGAUUCACCGCAAACAUCCCCCUUGGGUAACAGCCAUCAGAAUAAUAUCAACAUUAACAAUGCUCUGAACAAUAAUUCAACUAACAACAGCAGCAACAAUGCAAAUACCACCACAAACAACAAUUCAGCAGCAUUUAAGAGUUUAGAAAAUGAUGAAAAUGUGCAACAACAACAAUUGCUGCUACAAAAGUCGCCCAAUAACUCUACCCAUUCACAGUCACCCGUGAAGAGUCUAUUUGUACCACAGCCACCUGCCACUACAAGAUCACCAAACGGAUCUACACCUAAUUUACCGAUAUCGCAGGUCAACCAACACUCGGCGGACGAUGAAAAUCUGUUGAAAGAACUCAAUUUCCCCUUUGCCUCACCAACCUCACAUGUCAACGAUUUGGCGAAAUUCUACCGUGACUGCUAUCAUGCCCCUCCCCUAAAAGGCUUCUCCGAGUUGCAAGCAGAAAUCUGUACGACAACAACGACUACAGCUGUGCCACCCACCACUUCCUCCUGCGCCGCUAAUAAUACCCAAACAAUCGCCAAUCCACAAUCCUGCUCGGCCGCCUCAAAUUCCGCCGACUUUUCCUUUGUCGAUGACCUCUCCAAACAGCUGGAACAGUUUGAGACUUCGCUGGAGGACUAUGACAAACUCGUCUCACAAUUUGGUAAUUUGCAAACAUCCUCGUCGACCGGCAGUCGCAGCAGUGGUGGCCUGCAAAUGAGCAAUUAAAUAUUAAGGAGCAAACAAAAUAAAAAUCAUCUGUGUAUAGUAGAAAAAAGAGGUUAUUAUAUUCAUACAUAUUUUAUAGAUAUAUAUUUUUUUAGUAUAUAAUAUACAUAUACUUACAAACAUACAUACAUGCAUAUUGUGUAAAAAUGCAAAAUGCUAAACAAAAAGAUUUCUAAACGAAAAAGGUACUGAUAUUGUAAAUUGUAAUAUUUUUAAAUAUAUUCGUUUUUUUUGUAUUUAUCAAUAUUAUAUUUUUGAAUUACGCAAAAAAUACUGUAUAGUUUUUAGUUCAAAAUUUGUUUUAUUAUAUAAAAAAAGAAGAGAAAUGUUGAGAUACAUAUAUUUUAAUUAUUUAAUUAUUAUUAAAACAAAAACACAUACACAAAACUAAA